AAGUAAUGAACGUUUCGAGAAUUUUAUCAGUUUUUACGAAAAAUUGUGAGUGUUAUGGAAUCGUCCGAUGUGUCCAAAACUAUGGAAUCCUGCACCAUACAUCAGAUUUGAAUAAUUUUUCGCCGACCAAAGUAUCAGCAUGUAUAACAAAGCUUACCAGCGCAGAGAACCGCAGUUAAAGGUGGGACUUUCAUGCAGAUUUUUCUCGACAGACGACGAUAAAGAAAUUACGUGCACCAUGUCCAAUUUGAUGGAGGAGUUUGAGAGUGUCGAGGCGCUACUGAAGAAGUUACCACCUGAUGAUUACAAGAAACUCAAAAAUGUGCUGUUCGGAACGGAGACCUACGAACUUCCUUUAUCGGAAAACGUGUCGAAGAUGGCUGAAAACUACAACUUUGACGUGUUAUCCUGCAAGUUCAGCUGCGAGAAGGAAGAACUUCGUCCACCAAGGAUAGUCAGGGUUGGGAUUUUCCAGAAUAAGAUUCCCAUGUGUCCGGAAACCCCCAUAGUAAAACAAAGGGAGGCUGUUCACAGGAUGGCAAAAGACGCCAUUCGAACUGCGGCAGCUGGAGGAGUUAACAUCUUCUGCUUCCAAGAAACAUGGAGUAAGUUCAGUUACAUGAUUGAGGCGCGGUUGUUUGAACAGAAGUGCAGAGAUAUGCCUUUCGCAUUUUGCACAAAGGAAAAAUUACCUUGGACCGAAUACGCGGAAAAUGCCAAACAUGGUCCUUCGACCCUCUUCCUAUCCGAGCUCGCGAAAAUGUACAAUAUGGUAAUUGUGUCGAAUAUACUGGAAAGGGACGAAACCCACGGCGACACGAUCUGGAACGCAGCCGUGUUCAUCGACAACCACGGGGACUAUCUGGGAAAGCACAGGAAGAACCAUAUCCCCCGCGUAGGCGACUUCAACGAGUCCAGUUAUUAUUUCGAGGGCAACACUGGACACCCUGUAUUUGAUACUGAAUUCGGCAAAAUAGCCGCGAACAUCUGUUACGGUCGACACCAUCCCCUCAACUGGAUGAUGUUCGCCCUGAACGGCGCCGAGAUUGUCUUCAACCCUUCCGCGACAAUCGGCGACCUGAGUGAGCCCCUGUGGGGCAUCGAAGCCAGGUGUAACGCAAUCGCGAACGGCUACUUCACCUGCGCUAUCAACCGCGUCGGCACCGAGAUCUUCCCGAGGGAGUUCUGCAGCGGCGACAAGAAGCCCGCCCACAGGAACUUCGGCCACUUCUACGGCUCCAGCUACGUUACCGCCCCCAACGGAUCCAGGAGUCCGGGUUUGUCAAGAGUGAGGAAUGGUCUCCUAAUUGCAGAAUUAGAUCUGAAUCUAUGUAGACAAGUGAGAGACAAAUGGGGAUUUAGGAUGACGCAGCGACUUGAAAUGUAUUCACAAUGCUUAAACAAAGCUAUACAACCUGAUUUUGUACCCCAAGUGAUAAGAAAAUGAAGUAUAAAUUAUAUAUAAUUCUUAUUUAAUUAAUUUUAGUGCUUAACGUUAUUUAUAAAAAUUAUGAUGAAUAAAGUUAAAUUUCCUAUA